UGGAAAGUGGAAACGAUGUUUCCAAACAUUCAAACAAACUGAUUAAUUAAUUUCUAACUUAACUAUGAUGGAAGCCAAUAAUUACAUAUCGAAAUUAAAAGCGAACGGCAACGCUAAAGACUACCACGAUCUCGCGAGUGCCCACAAAGAAUAUAAAAAUAUCACGUUAAGUUUGCCUCCGAAAGACCGCGAUCUGUUCUCAUUAAACGUUAUCUGUAUACUGUGCAGGAACUUGGAGAAGGUCCAGACAUGGAGAGACAGGAUCGAUGACAAGUUAUUGUUGACCUUGAGCAUAGAUUGCAUCAGGGAGACCCGUGGGAUGAAUCGACAAGAUCGAUUGAAGACUCUGGCUUCUAUUUAUUACAUACACAAGCAUGUUAUUAAACAGAAUACAAAUGCACCCCCGGAACUAGUUCUGAAGAUAUCGUAUAUGGCCUUCGAACAUGACACAGGGAAUCUUCUCACGGAACACCACAAAACGUACUGGAACAUAUUAGCGGAUAGACUGAACUAUUUAGAGAAAUUAAAGACCAAAGUUAGCAUAACCAAAUUAAUGAACAAACUAACCGAAGACAUACUAAAACUAACGGAGAUAUAUGACACCGUUCAAUUUUGUAUGAAUGUUCUAAGUUAUUUAGUUAAGAAAUUGCACAGCCUCUACAACCAGAACGAUUUUGUUGAACUAAACAAGUUGUAUUUGAACUUAUUCGAGGGAAUGUCCAAGAAAAGCGAUUUGAAUGCUUUCAAUAGAUUACCCGAGAAGGAAUUGCUGGAUGUGUAUUUCAAGUUGAACGAUUGCUUUUACGUCAUCGCUGAGAACGCUUCGAAGAAUGACUUUAGAGAUGCAAAAUUGGAAAUCAUUGUACGCUGCAUCAUCAGUUUGGUCGGUCAAGACAGAACUUUAUUUAAUUUGAUACAAACAUUCUAUAUGAAUUCCUUCUGUUGUAUAUUAACUGAAAAUAUCGAUGAAGUGUACGCCGAGAGGAUAUUAGAAAGUAUAUUAAGAUCGUUUGAGGCAACCGAAAGGCUCGGCUACAAUAAUGCAUUGAACGUGACAUAUCCAUUCUUGAAUCAACUGUUAAGGUUGUUUAUAGAGAAGCAUGAAAGCGUUAAUGUGAACACACAAGAGAAGGCACUGAAGUUGAUCUUGUAUCUCAUGGGCAAGCUGGGGCACACGAAGCAGUUUCUAAAGUGUGAGAACUGUAAGUCGGCAACAGGUUGGCACGAUGCCCUAAAGCUGUCAUUCCAAGUUAAGAAUAUACUGAGCGCAUCCUUGAGCAGACAGUUAGAUGUCAGGACCAUCUUACCGAUCAUCUAUCAGAUCAUAAAGGAGCAAUACGCUGUAUUGAAUAGAUUGAUUCAGUUGAAAUGUGUCAAUGGCAUGAAAUUCUUUAGGAAGCUACAAACAGACGUUCACAAUUUAGCAAUUAAUCUGAAUAAAGAAUCUUACAACGAACAAUCUGUCAAACUUUUCAGUGUUUACUUAAAAUAUGAGAUAGCCUAUUAUAGUAAUGAAGCGGACUCGAAGAAUAUAAGCAGAGCUCUUUACAACAAGAGUAUCUGUGAAAUGGAUUCGAAGAUGUACGAUGAAGCCCUCACGGAUGCCUACCUCAGUUUGAUUUUCAAUUUGUCCGAUAAACAAACCGACAAGCACAUGAAUUUGGUGAUGGACAUCAAGGCUAAGGCUGCGAAAGCCAUCGACGACGAGGCUCUGCAGCUGCGGAGUGUGCUGGAAGCUUGCAAGGUGGCCGUUGAGAAAGAGCUUUACGGAAACAUAAGAGCUUUCUUUGUUGGUGUCAAAUUUAGCGAGAUCCUGCAGCACGAGUUUUCAAUGUACGCCAAGCAGUGGCCCUCGAUGGUUCCAGUGGCAGGCGUGUGGACCAGCCUGUGGGAUCUGCUGCAGGGGCGGCACCCCUGGACGCACGCGGAACAAGAGAGCGUUUACAAGUGGGCCCUCUAUGACGUCAUGCUCCAGACCCCUGAUCACGUGAGGAGUCUGCACUGCAAGCACUAUCGAAGGGUCGUCAAUAUCGUCAUCGACUACAUGGAUCGGAAUGGGACUAAAGAAGUUGACGAGAAAAUCGUGUACGUGACGCUGCUGUUUUUGAAGUCCGAGAUCGACUUGUGUGAGGCCAGCGAGGUGCACGGCUGGAGGGCCGGAGAGGCGAAUUCAGAUCCUGACAAGGUCCAAUACACUAGGACCCUCAAGCAGGAGCACGACGCGACCAGACCGGCCCUACGCGCGGUGCCGCUGUGGGGGGACCUUGCGCCCCACCUGGAUCGAGCGGGGGGCGGGCGCGCGGGGGCGGCGCUGCGCGUGGCGGGCGCGCUGGUGCAGCAGCUGCUCUUGCUGGACUACUCGGCGCAUGCACUGCAGCUGGCGCGGGCGUGCUGCGCGGCGGCGCGGUCCCUGGACGACAGAGAGGCGUUCAUCCGUAACGCGGGCGUGCUGCUCUACCACAUGGAGACCGAGAGCGAGGAGCUUAACUCGCUGCUGUCCGUGGGCUCCUCUUGGUGCCGGGGCCUGGACCCCGAACUUGUUCUGACCUUCCUCUGCGAAGCGGCCAUCCACUACACCAGACGAGGCGCUGCGGGGGCCGCGGCCCGCCUGCUGAGGGUCGCCCAAGCGCGGGCCCUCGCCUCCGCAGAGAAGCGACCCGGCGCCAUCUCGGAUCUGGCGGUGGGUCGGCUGCUGGAGGCACAGCAUCUGCUCUGCAAAGGCGCGGGCCCCAGCCUGAUGACGGCGCUCAACGCCAUCCAGAGACACUACCUGGCCGCCCCCCACCUCGGGUCAGGCUGGUGCGCCCGCAAGCAGUACGGCCUCUGUCUGCGGUGGUCCGCGGUCCGCGCCAACGUGCAGGCGCUCACCGCGCCCCCCGACCCCCGGCGACACCACCCCGCGGCGGUCCCCCACCCCGCCACCGCCGCCGCCACCAUGUACGCCGCGCUCGCGCACACCCUCACUCCGGACGAAGCACAGGUCCAGAUCGACAACCGUCUGAAGAAUAUACUGGGUCUCCAACCGACGACCGAACUCCAGCCCUCGCACGGCAGAGAAGCCGUGAAAGCAGCGCACGUACCACAAGACUUGGAGACGAUGUUGGAUUGCAGGACCUUCAAGAGGACCCAGACCAGCCCCGGCGUCCCCUGUCUCUCGGUGCCGGCUUUCAAGAUGCCGGAGUACUUCCACCACGACCCGGCCUGCGACUGCUUCGCGUGCAGCAAGCCUUCGACCCUGGUCUUGGCCUGUAAGACAGCAGGCCUGGAGGCUUCCGUCUACUUCAGAUCCAAGGAGUACGAUAUUGCGGAGAAUUACUUCAAAGGCGCUUUGGAUAUGAUACGCAUAGCCGAGAGCAAACGUCCAGGGGCUGACUGCGAGAGGUUCAUCGCCGAGGACCAGAGCAGGAAGCAUCUGCGUCAGCUGAGACAGGUACACGUCGAGGUCCUGGUCGAGUUGUGCUACCUAGAACUGGCGCGCGGCAGGAUCGCCCCAGCAGACGACUGCAUUGUCGCCAUAUACGAGACCACGCGAGACCACCAGUGCGACCCGUACACCCACAGCGAGGUCCUGAACCUGGUCGCGGCCGCCGCCACGCUCCGGGGAACCGCGACCCCCGCGCCCCGCACCCCCAGGACCCUUGACGAGGACUUUGAGAUGCUGAAGCUGAGCGAGGAGGACGUCAGGACGCCGGUGACCAAACGUCUCCCGGAUAAUCCGAAGAAAAUCGCCGUUAAGGAUGAGGACGUGAUGAAAGUUCGCAAGGUCAUCAAGCUGGACCUGGAUAGCGCUGAUGAGGAGCCCAAGCGGAAACCAGAGUUUAAGAUUCCGACGCGGGUCACGUCGAAGCCGGCCCUAGAAGAUGUGACUCCCAGGCCUCGGAGGCCCCGGCUGGUGGUGCAACAACCCUCCGUGGAGGUGGCCACUCCAGCUGUGACGCCGAAACGGGAGGAGUUCCUCACGCCCGCGACCCCAGAGCAGUUUUUCACCCCCAUGACCUCCAUUAAGACGUACUCCAAGAGGAAUCUACGCGGUGACAUUGUUAAGAAUCUGGAGAAGGAGUUUUCGACUCCGGUCGGGAAAGAGAACGCCAAGAGUAAGGGCGCCAGGCAACUGAGGAGGGCUGUGAGCCCCGGGAAGCUGCGUCCUGACCAGCCCGAGAGACCCAGGAGGACAAGGAAACCAGUUCUAACUGACGGUAAAUGA